GCCCGUUCCGUGCAAGCUCCUGCAGCGCUUUGAAACCAGCCCCAAAUUUACCUUGCUCUGAGCUUACCAGAAGACAAGCUGAGUGCCUGCAGGCAGAAAGUGAGGACUGAGGCUCUUCUGUCCAUGUAGUUCCUCUUGCUGACCUGACUGCCAUGCCUGGGCAUUGACGCUGCUGCGACUGUUGAAAAUGGCAGAGAGAGGUAGGAAUGAAGAAGUCAUUCACCUGAACAGCUUCCCCAGCCACAGAGGGAAAGACUGGAUAAACCACAGAGACGAAGGUCUUAUCACGAUAUCGGAUUCCUCGGAUGAAGAAUUACCUUUGUUGCUGGAAACACCCACUCAACAACGGCGUGACGAAGAUGACGAUGACGUAGUCAUCUUGGCAGAGACCCCAAAGCAUCAGCAGCUUCUGCGCCCUAAUGUCAUCAGACCCGCUGCUCAGUGGCASAGUGCAAACGCUGUGGGAGAAGGAGGAUCUAAAGGUGCUGUAGAGCCCUUGAGGAGCAUAUAUCUGCAAAAUGAGAUCUCAACUCUGCUGUGCCAGAGAGACCUGGAUAAUUGUGUGGUGGAGAACAGUGCUGGACCAAGCAGGGAUGAGAAUAUGAACCUUGCCUURCAGCAGCCCGGACCCUCUGAGCCUAAUGGCCCUAGGUUUGAAAUUAAGAGCAACCAAGAGGCUGGACUAAAUUCUUUUGCAGCAAAAAAGACAGAUCUGCAGCUUCCUGACAGGGGUGUCGUUAACCUGGAGAAAGCAGACGUUGCCCCACAAGCGGAGGAAAAGGUGGAAGCCAAGGAUUGGCAAGGAGAAGAUUUGGAGCCAGAGGUCAUAGAGAACCUCAGAGGAACAGCUACCGAAACCCCUGCACAUGGGCAGGUGAUCCCAGGGGACAGUCACUUGGAUCACUCUUACGUUCAGCCACCAGAAAGCGAGCCGGGUGCUGCAGCAAACAGCUGUGCUCCUCAGCAAGGGCAGCCUGAAGCAGACCCCGCAUCUCUGCGGGCUUAUGGAGAGGAGGCACCUGGGCCAGCUUUUCCCAGAGCUGAACCACAGCAAGAUGGGAUUCCAGGUCCUGCUUCACCCCAGGCAGCCCAUCCACCAGAAGAAGCGGGAGGUUGGGAGGCAGCGAUGGACAAUGAGCAGCCGGGUCCCGCAUUCCCCGGACAGGGCUCCCAUGAACUUGGCUCUAGCAACGUGCCAGAAMAAGGAGCUACUGGGGAGGAACAGGACCUCACUGCGCUGCUCAUCAGAGAGACAGAAGCAAGAUUCCCUGAUGUGAAGAAGGAAUAUAUUGAAGAGCUAAUCAGCAUCAAGAACUGCUAUGACUUAAAUGUACUUUGCAACUUUCUCCUGGAAAAUCCAGAUUACCCCAAGGAGGAAGGCAGAGUGGUUUUAAAUCCCAGCAGCAGCCUGCUUGCCAGCCAAGACGAGACCAAGGUGCCUAAAGUGGACUACUUUGAUUUUUCCAAACUUGCUCCACUUGAUCAGCGKUGCUUUAUUCAAGCAGCUGACCUCCUUAUGGCAGACUUCAAAAUGCUGAGCAGCCAGGACAUUAAGUGGGCUCUACAUGAACUCAAAGGACACUAUGCAAUCACACGGAAGGCCUUUUCUGAUGCCAUCAAGAAAUGGCAGGAGCUGUCUCCAGAAACCAGUGGGAAAAGAAAAAAGAGGAAAGAAAUGAAUCAGUUUUCAUAUAUAGAUUUCAAAUUUGAGCAAGGUGAUGUGAAAAUUGAGAAGCGGAUGUUCUUCCUGGAGAAUAAGAGGCGGCACUGGAGGUCCUACGACCGGCUCUCGCUUCUCCCACCGGUGCUUCUGGAACAGGAAUUCUAUGAGCAGAAGGUUAAAGAGAUGGCAGAGCACGCCGACUUUCUCCUUGCGCUGCAGAUGAACGAGGAGCAGUAUCAGAAGGAUGGGCAGAUGAUAGAGUGCCGUUGCUGCUAUGGGGAGUUUGCAUUUGAAGAGCUCACGCAGUGUGCAGAUGGUCACUUGUUCUGCAAGGAGUGCCUCAUAAAAUAUGCUCAGGAGGCAGUCUUCGGCUCUGGGAAGUCAGAGCUCAGCUGCAUGGAAGGGAGCUGCACAUGUUCCUUCCCCACCAGCGAGCUGGAGAAGGUGCUUCCAGAGAACAUCCUCUGUAAAUACUACGAGCGGAAAGCUGAGGAGGAGGUGGCCGCUGCCUGUGCAGAUGAGCUCGUCAGGUGUCCCUUCUGUAACUUCCCAGCUCUCCUGGACAGCGAUGUGAAGCGGUUCAGCUGUCCUAAUCCCCGCUGCAGAAAGGAAACAUGUCGAAAGUGCCAGGGGCUGUGGAAGGAGCACAUGAACCUCACCUGCGAGCAGCUGGCCGAGAAAGAUGACAUCAAAUACAGGACGUCCAUAGAAGAAAAAAUGACGGCCGCCCGCAUUAGGAAAUGCCACAAGUGCGGGACCGGCCUCAUCAAGUCGGAGGGCUGCAACCGCAUGUCGUGCCGCUGCGGCGCCCAGAUGUGCUACCUGUGCCGCGCUGCCAUCAACGGCUACGACCACUUCUGCCAGCACCCGCGCUCGCCCGGGGCGCCCUGCCAGGACUGCGCCAAGUGCUCGCUCUGGACCGACCCCACGGAAGACGAUGAGAAGAUAAUCCAAGAGAUUCAGAAAGAGGCUGAAGAGGAGCAAAGAAAGAAGAAUGGAGAGAACAGUUUCAAGCGGAUCGGCCCUCCUGUGGAAAAGCCCGUGGAGAAGAUCCAGAGAAUUGAAGUCAUCCCCAGGCCCGUUCCUCAGAACCUCCAUCAGCCCCGAAUGCCCCCGUACCCGUUCGUGCACCCUCCCUUCCCGCUGCCUCCCGUCCGGCCCAUGUACAACAACAUUCCCCUCAACAUCGGCCCCAUCCCUGCCCCCUACGUGCCCCCCUUGCCCAACAUGAGGGUGAACUACGAUUUCCCCCAAAUCAACGUCCAGCUGGAGCACAACUUGCCCAUGCACUUUGGCCCCCAGCCUCGGCACCGCUUCUGACGCGGUCCGAGGAGCGCUGGGUGCUGCGGGACAGAGCCACCCUGCGCUCCCGGCCCUCUCCCUGCUUUGGGUGCUCCCCCCUGCCAGCUGCCAGGGGCACCGCUCUGCCUCACACGGCCCCGCGCCCGUGUCUGUAGCUUCCCUCAACCUUUGCAACCCAGCGUUUCGGCCUGUGCUGGAGCAGGGCCUGGGGCUGCUUUUCCAAGAGUCUUCUCCUGUGUUGGACGUCCAGAGGUUUGGGGUUGACGAAGAGCGUCCAGGAAAGCCGUGUUGGUGAGCACAGGGGUUUCCCAAAAUCCUGCUUUCCUCUCAGCUAGAGCAGCUGCCACGUGGUGAAGGCCCUUGAGCAAGGCAGGGGAGACCUGCAAUCCAAGCGAGACCUUCAGAAACAAAAUACCAGGACUUGGCUGCUGGGAAGCAGCGUGGGGCUGGGGUUCAGAGAUGUGAUAGCUACAUGUUUUCUUGUGUCCCUGUUGCCAUUUCCCAGCAAGAAAGAAGUGUUGAAACAGCUAAAUUCAGCACAUGUGACAUCGUACUGCCCUGCAAGGGGAGUCAGGAGAUGCAGAAGUACCUGACCGCUCAGAUCAGCGUAGUCGGCCCAGAGCCAUGUUCUGUCUCAGGGCUUUCAGAAGUAGCAGAAGACUCGGGCACCUUACCUUUGGGGAACUGAAAUUCUUUUUUUUUCCCAAAGAUGGGUGUCUCGCAACUUCCAAAACGUGGCCUUAGGUUUGUUCUGAUCUGGGCAUCCCAAAUCCCCUCCUGUUUGUGCCAGGAGCCCUCAGAGCGCUGGGGGAGGCGUCGCAGAAAGGGCCGGGGCGGCUGCCGUCUCGGGCGCUCGGAAGCCGGCUGCUUCCUCUGCUUUUAAUAACUUCAGGAAACGUGUGUUUCGGCUUAGCUGGCUUCCAGGCACCGUGUCAAAAGGCAAACGUGAGUGUUGCUGGGCUGAGGAAGCGAGGAUUUGGGAAGAAGCUUCCUGGGAAGAAGCAGGGGGUGGAAGUGCUGCAUGAGCUCGCAGGAAGCGCCGGGCCUGGGAGCAGAGCGUCCCUGCGGAGCCCUUUCCGCACCGCGUCCCUGCUGGCUGCGCAGCCCUUGGGAAGAGGAAUGCCUGAGGGAGAAGCCUCCCGGCAGAGCUGCUGGGGGUCUCACCAGUGCAGCGGGGCAGGGUCCAGCCUGUGCUGCAUCCCGCUCCUCCCUGCCCGCCGCCUCCCCUGCGUUUUUCCCUUUUUUUUAAGCAUUAACCCCCGUCUGGCCGACGGGUCUGCUUGUGUUUCAGGUAAAGCCCCCGUGCCGGGGCUCGUGUCCAGGCCCCGCGGCUCGCAGCGCUCCGUAACCUCCGCCCGGCCUUAGGCAAGUGAUGCUCCCGUCCUGGGACUGUCCCCAAGGGAGGGGACGCGCCGGGCGGCCGCAAAGCCGUCGCUUCCAGCUCCCCGCUGUCUCUAGCAUUAAUAACCAGGUGGUUAUUCACUUGCUGCUAUUUUUUUUUUUCCUUUUUAAUUUAUUUCUGGAAGUAGCCUGGGGACCGAGGUGGCUUCUCGCGGCUCAGCUGGGGUUGAGCCAGGUUUAAAUCCUGCCUGAUGUCAGCUGCUUCCUGGGGGAGCCGAGAGCAGGAGGGACCCAUUUGGGAUUGGGGGGUGGUAAGAGCCCGGCCCCAAGGGCGGGCAGGGAUUUUGCCCGGAGCUGCGAUGGGAAUGAGCCGGGUUUGGCCUCCCGAUGGAGGAGGAGAGAGGGAGAAGCUGCCCCUGCAGCGGGAACUCCUGGAGAGGCCGCGUUGGGCCGGUGCUGCGGGAGCUCCGGGCAGGAAGAGCCGCAUCCCGUUGGGAUGGGCAGCAGCCCCACAUUGCUGAGGGUAAAAACCACAGCGCAACUGGAGCUGUGGGUGUGUGUGGCUGGAGAUGGGGAGCUGUGGGAGCUGGGCAGAGGGAAGGAGCAGCAGGUAGAGCCGCCAGCAGGUUCCUGUGGAGCCCACGUGGAAGGUGGGUCCGGAGCAGCCCUUCCAUGCGGGAUGCUGCGGAGCUGGAAGGGAGAGACCUUUCCCGGAUCCCUGGCAAAUCCCUGAGCUUGUCCCCGCGCCGCGGAAACACCCAAAAUCAUCAAAUCAUCCCAAGCCUUGGCUGGAAUCAGCUCCUUGCAGCCGCACAGGGCUCCGAGACCAGGUGGGUUCGUGUCGAUGGUUAAAGAAACCCAGUGGGGAGAGAAACCCACGUUUAGGCUCAGCCUGCCCUGCAAGCCCGACUCAGAGCCCGUGCCCGACGCAGGCGGCUGCGGUGCCCGGUAGCUCUCCCAGCAGGUACUGGACGUGGUUUAAUUGCAGUGUCCCGUUUUACUUGCCUUAAAGGUGGAGAGAGAAACCUAGUAUUUGCACUUAGCAAAAACAUUAUAUUAAAAGAAACCCUGUAAAGAUGUGCAUGUUCUGCAACUUUGUAUAACAAUAGCCAAAAAUAAAUAGGUGGUUUAUUAAAAAUAAUAUUUUUCUUUACCUUCUGGUAGUAAGCCGUUCUAAUAUUCCGUGUGUAAAAAGUUCCUUGUAUUAUAUUGUAAUUUGAAUUUUUUUUGUAAAUAAAUUUGUGCACUCUG